UUUGCAUAAAGGUACAACAGUGAGAAGCAGGAGAAGUCCCUUUGAUUCCCGCACUUUACAGAUCUUAAUCGUAUUUCUUCAUCUACAGAACAGAUCUAAAUCCAAUUGAUCGUCGAUUUCGUUAAACCAAACGACGUCGUAUAUUCAAUCCGAAUUACACAUUUUCUUCUACUUUCUGUACAUGGCGUCUUCCAGCAGGAUGGAAUCUGACGGAGACGAUGAAGCUGAAGCUGAAGAGGAAGAGGUUGAACAUUUUGAUGAUUUCACUCUGGCCUCUUCAUGGGAAAGGUUCAUUUCUGACAUAGAAGCUGUUUGUCGGCAAUGGAUGGCAGACGGUCCAAAAAAUCUGUUGAAAAAGGAUGCCAGGGAAGUUUCAGAGGAUUUAUAUAAGGUCAAGUCGGAGUUGAAGUUUUCAGCAAAGAAUUAUUGUAUGGAAUACUACUUCGGAAACAAAAAUGAAGGCAAAGUUAUUGAUUGGAAUUCCACAUUGCAUGAUUUGCAGUUGUGUUUUGGGGUCAAAGAAUUUUUGGUAAUUGCUCCUCAAAGUGCCAGCGGCGUGGUUCUUGACGCACCUGAGGCUAGCAAGCUUUUAAGUGCAGUUGCAAUUGCUUUAUCGAAUUGUUCAUGUUUGUGGCCAGCGUUUGUUCCAGUACAUGUACCUUCUAGGAAAGCUUACAUUGGAAUCCAAAAUAUGGGAACAGUUUUUACAAGAAGAUUUGAGGCUGAUCAUAUUGGUAGCCAGGUUCCGGUAAAACUCAUGCAUUUGGAAGGAUUGUAUGAGUUGUUUGUUUCAAAAUUUGCCUACUCCACAUUGGACUUUUCUAUGCAUCUUUUCAAAGUCCAUUUUACUAUGAAGCUAACCUACAGAUCCCUUCCUCAUGAUGAUGAUGUUCAAGGAGAUGAUCCAAAUGUUACUGAAUCUGAAAUAGAUCUUGGUGGUGACACUCACAAUAGAACACAGUGGGAUGAUGAUUGUCCAUGGAGUGAGUGGUAUUCUGCUGAAGACCCUAUAAAAGGAUUUGAAUUGGUUGCCAUAUGGUCAGAAAAGGUGGUUGAGAGCUCCCUGGAAAUGGCUGAACUGGAAAAUUAUUCGCCCCAUGAAGCUCAAAAUUGGAUAUUAUCUCCAGAUAUGUCUUCAAGUUUAACUGAUUCUUCCAAAGGAAACAGAAUUGGAUUUGCUUCUCAACUGUGCCUUUUGCUUGAGGCAUUGAAUAUGUCCUUUGAGGCUCAGUUUAUGGAAGAUUUUGUGUCAGUUGAAAAUCCAGGCUCCGAUAAUUUGAAAUCCUCAUUGGUUAUACCCCCACCUACAGUUAUUGAUCGUGUGCUUAAGGAACUCUUUCAUGAUGGUGCACGAUUCCCAGAUGUGGCUGCUGCUGAGAAUAAGACCGCUCGAGCUAUUAAAGGCGCACCUCUUGAAUCCCUUUUUGCACAGUUUUGUUUACAUUCUCUUUGGUUUGGAAACUGCAACAUUCGUGCUAUUGCUGUUAUCUGGAUAGAGUUCGUUCGAGAAGUUAGGUGGUGUUGGGAAGAAUCACAACCAUUGCCCCUAAUGCCAACCACUGGUCCAAUUGACCUGUCCACUUGCUUGAUUAACCAGAAACUUCACAUGCUUGCAAUAUGCAUUGAGAGGAAGCGCCAAUUGAAUGAAGACUUUCAAGAUUGUAUUGGAAGCCAGGAUCAUUCAUCUCCUCAAAUCGAGGAAGAUGGUCUAGAUGAGGACAGCUCAAGUAUAAUGCAAACACCUGGUGAAAACUUUGAUGGGAAACGUGACAGCAGCCCUGCAACAUCUGAUGAUUCUCAACACUCUGAAAACAGUGUAUCUAUAGUUAGUACUAAGUCUGAAGAUGCAGAACCUACUAAUCUAAAACCUUCAGAUUGUAUCCGGAGGGGUUCAGCUGGAGUGGCAGGGCCUAUGAUGCUCCUGAAGUCAUAUCAGAGCAUGCAUGCACCAUUCACGCAGGAGGCACCACUUAUGACAGAAGACAUGCAUGAAGAGCGGCUCCAUGCUGUUGAAGCCUUUGGCGACUCAUAUAACUUUUCUGCUCAGUUGGAGAAAGAGAUCUUAGCUUCAGACAUGUCAGCAUUUAAAGCAGCAAAUCCAGAUUCUGUUUUUGAAGAUUUUAUUCGAUGGCAUUCUCCUGGAGAUUGGGAGAGUGAUGACACAAAAGAGACUGGAUCAUCCAAGAGCCCUGCAAUAGAGGGUUCAAAAGCUGACUGGCCUCCUCAAGGACGGCUUUCAAAGAGAAUGUCUGAGCAUGGCAAUUUAUGGCGAAAAAUUUGGAAUGAUGCACCGGCGUUGCCAGCUUCUGAGCAAAAGCCAGUUAUGGAUCCAAACAGAGAAGGAGAAAAGAUCCUUCAUUACCUGGAAACGGUACGGCCGCAUCAGUUGCUCGAGCAAAUGGUUUGUACUGCCUUCAGAGCAUCAGCAAGUACUUUAAACCAGACUAGUUAUGGAGGCUUGAAGCAGAUGGCAACCAAAAUGGAUCAACUUUACAUUACUAUGACAUCUGCAUUGAGGCCUUUGCAAGCAAAUCCUCUAUCGCCUGGCAGUGAGACUAUUGAAGACAUAAGACGGCUGUGUGGUGUUUUUGAACAUGUUGAGAAGCUACUUGCUAUUGCAGCUUCUCUUCAUCGUAAGUUCUUGCAAGCCCCACGCCUCUCCGAAGCAAUAUUUUCUGACUGCUGCAGCUUUUAUUUUCCUAGAAUGGGAACAAGCUCCUCAGGAGACAACGCUCAAAAGGAGUUUGACAAGAAGCAACCAGUAAGGGCGCACGAAAGACUGGUUGUGUCAAAUAUGUUUACACCUCCCACUGCUAACCAGUCAUGGAGAAAAGUUUUGAGCUUGGGUAAUCUUCUCAACGGCCACGAACCAAUCUUGAGGGAGAUAAUAUUUUCCAAGCGUGAUAAAAUCAGUGGGAAUCACUAUGCCGCCCGUACUCCCACAAUUUAUCAAGAAGAAGUAGAAACAUAUAGAAUGUAUACAUGUGGAACCUCAAAUGACCUUCGUGUAGCUCUUUCCGUCGUUUCAUGUGAUUAAUAAUGUUUUCAGGAUAUUGUACAGUAGUUAAUAAUAUUCAUUCUUUAUGAAAUUUUAUUCCAGUCAUUUCUUCAUAGAGAUGGUUUUGGCUUCUUGAUUUGGAAAUCCCGUAGAAAUGAAACUCUUUUUU